GGUACGUCCGUCGUUAUUUCCUCCCUCCACUGCCUGCUUUUAACACUGAGAGCCACUCGAAAUAAACAAGCGCAGAAAAAAAAAGGGGCCGUUGUAAGGACCGGUCUGGCUCCAGUGUCACGUUUAUCAGCAGCCGAUGGACAGAGGGGGGCUUACACCUAUAAGGUUGCCAUCAGUGAAGCCCAAACAACCUCCGUCAGUCUCUGGCUCCACUGAGCCCCAUAUCACUUUAAACUUUUUUUUUUUUUUUUAAACCCUGCGCUGCAUACACUGAGCUCCGACAAAAAAGCGAGGUUUUCCCUCAAAAUUGCAGUGAAAACCACAAGUGGACCUAUGGACACGUCCCGCUGUCCUCCUUCCCCCAUGCCUGGUCUAUAGUCAACCAGAAACGAGCCACACUCUCACUCACACCCCAUUCUCAGCCAUUUGACCAGCCCUCCCCACCCUGUGGUCACAUCAUGGCCAGCAAAAGGAAGUCUACUACUCCUUGUAUGAUCCCCAGCAAGAUCAUACGCCCAGCAGAGGAGGUUGAACAGGACUCUCCUGUUCUGCUCCGUCAAUCCAGGAUUUCUGGAGGGGGCAGACAUAGCCCCUUCGACCCAGGAGAAUCUUCCAAACCAGAGGCAGGGGACGCUGCCAAAGAUGGUGCUGGCACUUAUACCUGUAAGCCUUGUAACUUUGAAACCCAUGACCUUAAUUUGUUCUUGGAUCAUGUGUACUCCGGGCACCCGGACUUCCGUGCAGACCCCAGCUUCUUUUGCGUGAGCUGUGGGGUUUCAGCGCCCAAGUUUGAGGGGCUGGCCCUGCAUAAUGCCAGGGUUCACCCGAGCACAUUGAACACGACUCUGCAGCUGAGGAAGAGGGACAGGAGAGUAGUGGUGGAGCAGAAUCUGGUGACUGGGACAGAGACAGCGAAGGAUAGUGAGAUUUCCAUCACCAAAACCCCAAUUAUGAGGAUGCUGAAGGGCAAAUCAGAGCCUAAACGGAUAGUGGUGUCUCAUUCAGUCUCUGACGAGUCUUCCUCAGACCCAGUCGCUAUAUCUGUCUCCAGAGAGACUGAGAGGAAAGAGACUGCUGCAGUGACAGUCACCCAUGUUCCCACAAUUGUCCACAAUGGAACGACAAAGGUCACUCUGCCUUCAGCAAUCCAGAUAGUCAAUGGCUCUGGAGCAUUACCAAUGUUGAAGACUCCCAUCACACAGGUGGUCUCAGUGGUUCAAAACAGAGGCCUUCAUCAAUCUGCACCAAUCACAGCCUCCUCAAAUAUUUCCUCCACUUCUUCGCAUUCUUCCUCCAAAAAUCUCCCCAAGGUGAUGAUUCCCUUGAGCAGCAUCCCUACCUACAGUGCCUCCAUGGACUCCUCUUCCUUCUUGAAGACCUCCUUCAGUAAGUUCCCGUACCCCACAAAGGCUGAGCUCUGCUACCUGACUGUGGUCACAAAGUUCCCCGAAGAGCAGAUCAAGAUCUGGUUCACAGCCCAGAGACUUAAACAAGGCAUUAGCUGGUCUCCGGAGGAGAUCGAGGAGGCCAGGAGGAAGAUGUUCAACACCAUCAUCCAGACUGCACCCUCCAGCUCACAGAACCAGACCCACAGUCACCGUAGCCCAGCCCAACAUACAAUCACAGUCUUGCCUGCCUCACUGGGGGCUACUGGGAUCCCUCACAUCCUGCAGGGCUCUCUUGUCAGUCAAGGAGGGGUAAUUGUCACACAGCCUGUAAUGGCAAACGGUAUCCAGGUUAGCAGUGCUCCUGUGGCCCUGGCCGUCACACCUAAGCCCCAGGCAGCAGCGCGCCCCAUGAUGCAGGCUCGACCUGCUGCAGCUCUGGUGGCAGACAAGGGCAUUAGCAUGGUGGUGGGGACAGUGGGUAGCAGCAGUACUGGGAGCAACAUCAUUAGCAGUAAUAGUAGUAGGAGUGGGGGAGGGGGCACUAGCAGUAUUAUUACAAGCAGUCAAGCUAAUGUCAUCAACCUUAGUCUAGGAAGCAGUAAUCAUAAUAAUGCUAAGGGGAGCAGUGUCAAUGGUAAAUACAGCAGCUCUAAUGCAGACUGCAAAGACAGAAGCAAUAGUAAUGUUACCAGCCACGUAAACGCUAAGAACACGGAUAUCAGCAAAGCCAACAACACCAGCAUUGUGCAGAGUGACAACAAAGUAACCACAGAAAGCAAGAACACCCCAGACAGCUCUAACACCAGUAACAGCAAAACGGGCAGCGAUGGACAGAAGAGCAAAGAUACCAACGGUAGCAGCAACAAAAAUAACACAACCAGCACAAGCACAGACGAUGCCGACCCCACCCGAGGUGACUCUCCAACCUUCAAGAUGGAGGAGGCGUCUUCCCCUGCCUCAAAAUCUUCUUCCCCCACUCCUCAUGGCAGCACGCCUGGCUCUCGGACACCUGUGAACGCAUUCCUGGACCCCAGCUUUUACAAGGGCAAGAAGUCCCAAGAGCAGCUCAACGCUCUGAAAGACAGUUUUCUGGUCAGCCAGUUCCCCGACCAGGAGGAGGUGGACCGCCUCAUCGCCCUGACCGGGCUCACAGUACGAGAAGUCCGCAAGUGGUUCAGCGACCGGCGCUACCACUUUCGCAACCUCAAAGGUACGCGCUCCAGCACAGGUGGACAGAGUAAGUCUGGCACUGCAGCGGGAGCAGGGAGCGGUUCGAGUACGCCAGGGAGCGGCACCGCUGGCAGUGCCAACCCUAUUGAUCUGUCCGAAAGUAGCAGCAACUCUGGUGCAAAAACACCCCAGCACAGCUCUGCACCCCUGAGCCCAACUGCAUCACAGACUCCAACCUCUCCCACCACACCUUCCCGCCGACUCCCGAGACCUCCCUCUCCAGAUUUUACAGCUAUCCGCUACAAGGAGAGAGAACCUCAUCAGGUGAAAGCUCUCGAGGCCAGUUUCGCCCAGGACCCUGAUCCAUCAGGAGAGGAAGUGGACAGACUGCGAUCUGAGACCAAGAUGACCAGAAGGGAGAUCCACGGCUGGUUCGCCGACAGGAGGAAGAGAGCGGCAGCGGAGAAGAAGAAGAAAGAGGAGGCAGAGCGGGUGUUGAGAGAGGAGGAGGAGGAUAUGGAAGUUGAUGGGGAGGAGAGACAGAAAGAAGACAGCUCAGGAGAACUGAAAGUCAACCCUAUUAAAAUAAAUCUGAAGAUGCUGAAGGUGACAGAGGCCAAUGGCAAAGCAGAAGGUGAAGGCUUGGAUAGCCCCACGCACCAUAGCAGCGGCACACCUGUAUCCUCCACAGGCCCCACCCCUAAACCAUCCCAAUCCUCCACCCCGACACCCAAACCAUCCCACUCCCCCAAACCCACUGCCAUACGAGGUAAGAAGACAGCGGAGCAGCUUCAGUUGCUCAAACAAGCCUACGCCCGUACCCAGUGGCCCAGCGCCACUCAGUACGAUGAACUGAUCUCAGCUACUGGACUUCCCAGACCUGAGGUAGUGCGCUGGUUUGGGGACAGCCGGUACGUGCAGAAGAACGGCCAGCUGAAGUGGCUGGAGGCGUACCAGAACGAGGCUCUGGAAGAGGACCUCCAGAAGGGGAACAAACAGAUCCUGCAGGACCACCUCGACAUCCACGGCAGGCUGGAGGAGUCGCAGUUGCAGGAACUGGCCGAGGCUAGUGGUUUAACAGCAGACUUGGUGCGACAUUGGUUCUCUACGAAGGCGUCUUUGCCCCAAAUGGAGCAAACUACUACUACUGCUGCUGCUGCUGCUGUUGUUCACGCGGCAGGACCAAGACCAGUUGCACCAGGUGCAGCAGCUGAGCCACGAACAACAGGAUCCUCCCCUCUGGAACCGCAGCCAGGAGGAGGGACAGAGGAGAAAAUGGAGCAGUCGGUGUGUGGUGUCACAACAGAAGCAGAGGAGGCCAACGCUGACGUGACUGUGAAUCCUACUAAAGGUAGCGAUUGAAGAGGCCUUUUCUCUGAGGAUGGAGUUCACAACGCAGGUGGUCUUCGUGUUGGCAGUCUGAGGAAAAGACAGCAGAUGUGGUUGUAACAGGAUCACUGCAUGGAAAUGGACCUUGAAACAAUCCCUACCCAAACACCUCU